AUGUCAUCGAGCUCACGAACCCUUACUCCCGCCUGGCCAGCACAGACCCCAUCAUCCAGCUCCUCUUUUCCGUCACUAAAACGGAGGAGACAGCUGGACCACAGGUCGUCCUCUUCGACGCCCUCAGAUCGGGUCGACCGCCACGCGCGUUCCCCACAUUUUCUCUCUAGAGACGAUAUUGCAGAUCAACAGCAAGUCGCCGCUGCUAAGAAUACAUGUGAGGACUCACCUAACAAUGUAAUAUCGUGCUGGCCCUUGGAGAACACCACCGUGCCGCAGCACGAGUGGGCGACCUUCGUCUGGAACAGUCGCCUCCCUCAGUAUGCACAAACCAAUCUGGUCAAUAUCUAUCUUUAUCACGGGGAUUCGCAAGAACUAGUAUUUUCCGAAUUUAAUAUCGCCAACCCGACAAACCAAGCCGGGUCAUACCCAGCGCAAGUCAACGAUACGUGGUUCGGGGCGCGUGGAGCGUCAUGGAAUGGCGAUAACAUCUCUUUCCCCAUGUACUGGAUAAUCACCUCGAACACCAAUCCGUCAGACCAGAGCCCUUUGCCUCAAUCGACGUUCACUGCUGUCCAGACAACAUAUGCCGAUUCUGUCGUCGCCUACAUGUCCUCUACCUCCGCUGCUGCGGCGUCCUCAGCAUCAGCGGCGUCUGCGGCGUCCUCGGCGUCAGCAGCAUCGGCAGCAUCGGCAGCAUCAGCGUCAGAAGCGUCCGCUUCUUCCGCUGUUGCGGCAUCCCGCUCAGCAGCGUCCGCUUCAUCCCUUGGUGCGUCGUCAACGGUGUCUGGUGCACAGUCAUCCACUAGUGUCGCCGGCUCGGGAUCUGUACAGUCCGCCUCGAGCCCGAAUUUCCCGCAUUGGGCGAUCGCGGUCAUCGUCGUCCUCGGCUUUCUCGCGCUCGUCGCCGGUGGAACCCUCGCCUUCUUCAUUACGCGCCGCAUACGCAGCCGGCGUACCAGCAUGCUGUCCCACCGAGGAUCCAUGGGCUCGUCAACACCCAUGAUGACCAACGCGGGUAACGCACCGCUAUCGCCGGUGCUGGGCGCUACCGUGUUUGGUGGCAAUCGUCCGCCCACGCCUACGGAGACCCACGAGAUCCACGACGGUGCGUCGACAGUGUCGCGAGCGAGCGACACGGCACUGUUUUCAGGCGCGGACGCAGCGAUCAUGGCGGAUGCGUUCCGGAAGGCGCUGCGGAAACCGGACUUCGCGAAUCAGACGAUGGAGGAGGGAGACAGCCCGGAAGAUCCGAACAUGGUCGAGCAGCACCCCGCCGUGCUGCUCAGCCAGGAGCUUGCAGAGGAGGGCCGGGACAUUCGCAGCGUGGGCUCGUCCCGUGACGUUCGGGUGGAGACGCUGAGCGACGACGCGGCGACGGCGACGGACCACCCACACUAG